AGGUUAAGGGGAUGGAUGGAGUCUAGUUGGAUCUUGGGAGGCCUCCUCAGCCCCUGUUGCCAAGGCUCCCGUUGUGAUCCUUGUGGUGGCCUUGGUUGCCCGCGGUGGCUUGCAGCGAGGCGUGUUGUUACGUGGAAUCUUCAGGGCACGCGGGGGCCCCCACGUUUCAAACGUCCGCCGGCGCGGGGACUGGGAGUCCAGGGCUCCAGCUCGGGGACCCGAGGCCAGCGACAGACAGCGGAGGGGUGGCCAUCGCAGACCCCGCCGGGGAGCGGAGGCGCAGAUUCCCUGGAGGCGGGAGCUGUGUCCAGUGACUCGCCCGGCGCGGCCGGACCCGGGGCAGGGGCGCCCCGAGGACCUCGCAGGGUCCCCGAAAGGCCCCAAGGCGCGGCGCGCAGUGAGCGGGAAGUGGUUGGCCGGCGCCCCACGGCGGCGCACAGCUCCUGACAGCCACGAUGCCCCCCGCGACCACGGUCUCCCUGCGGGAGCUGGCGGACCUCUCCAUCGGCACCCCAGAGGUGGGCGCCGUCAACUUCACGGCCCUGCACACGCUCAUCGUGGCCAUGCUCAAGAACCUCGACCUCCAAAAUACCCGGAUCGACUUCCAGGCCUCGUCGCCCGAGCCCAGCCGCUCGCUGCAGUCCGUCCGGAGCUCGCUCAGCAUCCCACACCUGCCCGCGUCCAAGGAGGUGCCCAAGGGGGCGCCCCGGGAGAAGCGCAGGGGCGUGGGCCGGGCGCCUUCGUCAGCGCUGGAGAGCCAAGUGAAGGACCUGGGCGGCCAGGUGGAGGACCUAAGCAAGCAGCUCAAGCGCGUGGACGGCCAGGUGCAGGGCAUCGCCACGCACGUGCAGCACUUCUCCCAGGCCAGCGGGCUCGACCUGGCCGCGCUAGAGUGGCCGGAGGAGCAGGAGGUGGGCGUGCGGGCGCUCUAUAGGGUGCGGACUGGGAGUAUCAUGAAGGACGCCGCCGAGGAGCUCAGCUUUGCCAGGGUACUUUCACAGCGGGUUGAUGAACUAGAGAAGCUAUUCAAAGAUCGGGAGCAAUUCCUGGAACUAGUCAGCCGGAAGCUGAGUUUGGUUCCUGGUGCAGAAGAAGUCACCAUGGUCACCUGGGAAGAGCUGGAGCAGGCGAUUACGGACGGCUGGAGAGCCUCACAAGCGGGCUCAGAAACACUUAUGGGAUUUUCUAAGCACGGAGGGUUCACUUCAUUAACAUCACCUGAAGGGACUCUAAGCGGAGCCUCUACCAAGCAACCAAGUAUUGACCAAGCUCUGGAUUCUGCCAGUGGUCUUGGCCCGGAUCAGACUGCAUCAGGAUCUGGUGGCGCAGCACACCCCUCUGAUGGGGUUUCCAGUAGGGAACAAAGCAAGGUCCCCUCUGGUACUGGUAGACAGCAGCAGCCGAGGGCCCGUGAUGAAGCUGGCAUGCCACGACUCCAUCAGUCUUCUAUAUUCCAAUUCAAAUCAGAUCAUCACAGGAGUAGAGAGAAGCUUACCUCGACACAUCCAAGAAGAGAUGAACGAGAUGCACGUCCUGGUCCAGUUCAAGAGGACUUAACCUCGGCCAGAGACCAGCCCAGUAGGGUGCCCGCUAGCCAGAGUCAGGUCCAUCUAAGGCCAGAUCGUCGUGGGUUAGAACCAACUGGCAUGAAUCAGCCUGGAUUAGUGCCUGCUAGCACUUACCCACGUGGUGUGGUACCCCUCAGCAUGGGUCAGCUUGGUGUGCCACCACCUGAAAUGGAUGAUCGGGAAUUGGUACCAUUUGUCAUGGAUGAGCAAUGUAUGUUGCCACCAUUGGUACCUGGCAGAGACCAGCAAGGAUUGGAACUACCUAGCACAGACCAACAUGGUCUGGUUUCAUUCAGUGCAUAUCAGCAUGGUAUGACACUUCCCGGCACAGACCAACGCAGUAUGGAACCACUUGGCGUGGAUCAGCGUGGAUUUGUAAUAUCAGGCAUGGGUCAGCAAGGACUAGUACCCCCUGGUAUGGACCAGCAAGGAUUGACAUUGCCUGUCGUCGAUCAACAUGGCCUGGUUCUACCUUUUACAGACCAGCAUGGUUUGGUAUCACCUGGUUUGAUGCCAAUUAGUGCAGAUCAGCAAGGUUUUGUGCAACCCAGUUUGGAAGCAACUGGCUUCAUACAACCUGGCACAGAGCAGCAUGAUUUGAUCCAGUAUGGCAGAUUUCAGCGUGCUUUGGUCCAACCUGGUGCAUAUCAGCCCGGCUUGGUCCAACCUGGUGCAGAUCAGCGUGGUUUGGUCCGGCCUGGAAUGGAUCAGUCUGGUUUGGCCCAACCUGGUAGAGAUCAGCAUGGUUUGGUCCAGCCUGGCACAGGUCAGCAUGAUUUGAUCCAAUCUGGCACAGGUCAGGGUGUCUUGGUACAGCCUGGUGUAGAUCAGCCCGGCAUGGUCCAACCUGGUGCAGAUCAGCAUGGUUUGGUGCAGAUUGGUGCAUAUCCACCUAGUUUGGUACAGCCUGGCAUGGAUCAGCAUGGUCUGGUCCACCCUGGCAUGGAUCAGCAUGGUCUGGUACAAUCUGGUGCAUUUCCUAGUGGCUGGAUACAGCCUGAUGUGUAUCUACCUGGACUGGUACGGCCUGGUACAUAUCCACAUGGUUUGGUACAGCCUGGUGCAGAACCACGUAGCUUGGUCCAACCUGGUAUAGAUCAACAUGGUUUGGUUCAGCUAGGAGCCGGUCAAUAUGGUUUUGUGCAGCCUGGCAUAGAUCAGUUUGGCUUGGUGCAACCUGGUGCAGGUCAGCAAGGUUUGGUCCAGCCUGGUGCAGAUCAGUAUGGUGUGGUCCAACCUGGAAUGGAUCAGCAUGGUUUCGCACAACCUGGUGCACUUCAGCAUAGUUUGGGGCAACCUGGUGCAGUUCAGCGUGGUUUGGUCCAACCUGGAGUGGAUCAGUGUGGUUUGGUACCACCUGAUUCAGUUCAGCGUGGUUUGGCACAACCUGAUGUAGAUCAACAUGGUUUGGUACAAUCUGGUGCAGAUCAGCCUGGUCUGGUCCAACCUGGAGUGGAUCAGCAUGGUUUGGUACAACCUGGUGCAGAUCAGCAUGGUUUGGGGCAACCUGGUGCAGUUCAGCGUAGUUUGGGGCAACCUGGUAUAGAUCAGCGUGGUUUGGCACAACCUGGUGCAGAUCAGAGUGAUUUGGCACAACCUGGUGCAGUUCAGCAUCGUUUGGCUCAACCUGGUGCAGUUCAGCAUGGUUUGGUCCAACCUGGAGUGGAUCAGCGUGGUUUGGUCCAACCUGGAGUGGACCAGCGUGGUUUGGCACAACCUCGUGCAGAUCAGCAUGGUUUGGUCCCACCUGGUGCAGAUCAGCGUGGUUUGGUCCAACCUGGUGCAGAUCAGCGUGGUUUGGUCCAACCUGGAGUGGAUCAGCAUGGUUUGGUCCAACCUGGAGUGGAUCAGCGUGGUUUGGUCCAACCUGGAGUGGACCAGCAUGGUUUGGCACAACCUCGUGCAGAUCAGCGUGGUUUGGUCCCACCUGGUGCAGAUCAGCGUGGUUUGGUCCAACCUGGUGCAGAUCAGCGUGGUUUGGUCCAACCUGGAGUGGAUCAGCGUGGUUUGGUCCAACCUGGAGUGGAUCAGCGUGGUUUGGUCCAACCUGGAGUGGAUCAGCGUGGUUUGGCACAACCUGGUGAAGUUCAGCGUAGUUUGGUGCAACCUGGUGCAGUUCAGCAUCGUUUUGUCCAACCUGGUGCAGUUCAGCGUGGUUUGGUCCAACCUCAACCUGGUGUGGAUCAGCGUGGUUUGGUCCAACCUGGUGCGGAUCAGCGUGGUUUGGUCCAACCUGGAGUGGAUCAGCGUGGUUUGGUCCAACCUGGAGUGGAUCAGCGUGGUUUGGUCCAACCUGGAGUGGAUCAGCGUGGUUUGGUGCAACCUGGAGUGGAUCAGCGUGGUUUGGUCCAACCUGGAGCGGAUCAGCGUGGUUUGGUCCAACCUGGUGCAGAUCAGCCUGGUUUGGUCCAGCCUGGUGCAGGUCAACUGGGUAUGGUGCAGCCUGGAAUAGGUCAGCAAGGUAUGGUGCAACCUCAGGCAGAUCCACAUGGCCUGGUACAACCUGGUGCCUAUCCUCUUGAUUUGGUACAACCUGGUGCAUAUUUGCAUGAUUUGUCUCAACCUGGGACAUAUCCACGUGGUCUGGUGCAGCCUGGAAUGGAUCGGUAUGGUUUGAGACAACCUGGUGCAUAUCGGCCAGGCUUGAUAGCACCAGGCACAAAGCUUCGUGGCUCUUCAACAUCCCAGGCAGAUUCUACAGGUUUUAUAUCAGUACGUCCAUAUCAACAUGGUAUGGUAGCUCCUGGCAGAGAACAAUACGGCCAGGUGUCACCACUCCUAGCCAGUCAAGGUUUGGCAUCACCUGGUAUAGACCAAAGGAGUUUGGUACCACCAGAAACUUAUCAGCAAGGUUUGAUGCAUCCUGGCACAGACCAGCAUGGCCCAAUACCACUGAGUACAGGUUUGGGAUCUACACACCCAGAUCAACAGCAUUUGGCAUCACCUGACCCAGGGGAGCAUGACCAGGUAUACCCAGAUGCAGCUCAGCAUGGCCAUGCUUUCUCUCUCUUUGACAGUCGUGAUUCAAUGUAUCCUGGUUAUUGUGGCCCAGGGUAUCUAAGUGCUGAUCAGCAUGGCCAGGAAGGUUUGGAUCCAAAUAGAACACAAGCCUCGGACCAACAUGGAAUUCCUGCCCAGAAGGCCCCAGGCCAAGAUGUCACCCUUUUCAGGAGUCCAGACUCUGUCAACCGAGUCUCAUCAGAAGGGAGCGAAGUCUCGAGUGAAGUCCUGAGUGAGCGACGCGAUUCACUGUGUAAAAUGAGUUCUAGUUUCCCCACAGCAGUGGAGACAUUGCGUCUGUUGGGAGAGCUCAGUAGCCUCUACGUGGGGCUAAAGGAGAGUAUGAAGGAUGUGGAUGAGGAGCAGGCCGGCCAAACCGACUUGGAGAAGAUCCAGUUCCUGCUGGCACAGAUGGUCAAAAGGACCAUACCUCCUGAACUGCAGGAGCAGCUGAAGACUGUAAAGACGCUAGCCAAAGAAGUUCGGCAGGAAAAAGCAAAAGUGGAAAGGCUGCAAAGGAUCCUGGAGGGGGAAAGGAAUCAAGAAGCAGGGAAGGAACUGAAAGCUGGAGAGCUGAGAUUACAACUGGGUGUCCUCAGAGUCACCGUGGCUGACAUAGAGAAGGAGCUGGCCCAGUUGAGGGAGAGCCAAGACAGGGGCAAGGCUGCCAUGGAAAAUUCUGUCUCUGAAGCCUCCCUUUAUCUGCAGGACCAGCUGGACAAGCUCAGGAUGAUCAUUGAGAGCAUGCUGACCUCCUCCUCCACGCUCCUGUCCAUGAGCAUGGCCCCGCACAAGACCCACACCUUGGCUCCUGGCCAGAUCGACCCUGAGGCCACCUGUCCAGCCUGCAGCCUGGAUGUGAGCCAUCAGGUCAGCACGCUGGUGCAGCGCUAUGAGCAACUCCAAGACAUGGUCAACAGCCUGGCCAUCUCCCGACCCUCCAAGAAGGCCAAGCUCCAGAGACAGGACGAGGAGCUGCUGGGUCGCGUGCAGAGUGCCAUCCUGCAGGUGCAGGGUGACUGCGAGAAGCUCAACAUCACCACUAGCAACCUCAUUGAGGACCAUCGGCAGAAACAGAAGGACAUUGCUAUGCUGUACCAGGGUCUGGAGAAGCUCGAUAAGGAAAAGGCCAACAGGGAGCACCUGGAGAUGGAGAUCGAUGUGAAAGCCGACAAGAGUGCUCUGGCCACCAAAGUGAGCCGUAUCCAGUUUGAUGCCACCACGGAGCAGCUGAACCACAUGAUGCAGGAGCUGGUGGCCAAGAUGAGCGGGCAGGAGCAGGACUGGCAGAAGAUGCUGGACAAGCUGCUCACAGAGAUGGACAACAAGCUGGACCGCCUGGAGCUGGACCCAGUGAAGCAGUUGCUGGAGGAUCGGUGGAAAUCGCUGCGACAGCAGCUCAGGGAGCGCCCCCCACUCUACCAGGCAGACGAGGCGGCUGCCAUGCGGAGGCAGCUCCUGGCGCAUUUCCACUGCCUCUCAUGUGACCGGCCCUUGGAGACACCUGUGACCGGACAUGCCAUCCCCGUGACCCCCGCGGGUCCAGGCCUACCUGGGCACCAUUCCCUCCGCCCCUACACGGUGUUUGAACUGGAGCAGGUCCGGCAGCAUAGCCGCAACCUCAAGCUGGGCAGUGCCUUCCCUCGGGGUGACCUGGCGCAGAUGGAGCAGAGCGUGGGGCGCCUGCGCUCCAUGCACUCCAAGAUGCUGAUGAACAUCGAGAAGGUGCAGAUCCACUUCGGGGGCUCCACCAAGGCCAGCAGCCAGAUAAUCCGCGAGCUGCUGCACGCCCAUUGCCUGGGCUCCCCCUGCUACAAACGGGUGACAGAUAUGGCUGAUUAUACCUACUCAACCGUGCCCCGGCGCUGCGGAGGCAGCCACACCCUCACCUACCCCUACCACCGCAGCCGCCCGCAGCACCUACCCCGGGGCCUGUAUCCCACUGAAGAGAUCCAGAUUGCCAUGAAGCGUGAUGAGGUGGACAUCUUGGGCCUGGAUGGCCACAUUUACAAGGGACGGAUGGACACAAGGCUGCCGGGCAUCCUCCGCAAAGACAGCUCAGGGACCUCAAAGCACAAGUCCCAGCAGCCCAGGCCCCACGUGCACAGGCCGCCAUCCCUCGGCGGCAAUGGCCAGCUGCCCUCUCGGCCACAGAGCGCCCAGAUGUCGGCUGGCAACACCUCAGUUUCUUCUCAUCAACAGAAAGACAGACCUUCCUCCGAGGGCCGUCUCUCCCAGCCGAACACAGCCCACCCGCCCAGCUCCGCCGCGGUGGCAAACAGGGGGCUGGAGAGGCACGUGGACAUGCCUCCUGGGGAGGGGCUCGAGGAGCCCACGCGGGGGCCGCGGUCCAGCACUGCUCAGUGAGCAGAGGUGUAAAUAAACAUUCAGGAGGAAGUUUAGGUGUGGCGAAUCUUCCCUGACAGUCCUGGCUCAGGAGGAUCCAGGGAGAGGGAAGUACCCGCUGCUGGCCAGGCAGCCCCCCAUGUGCCUCCAGACCACCCCCAGGCCCGCCUGCUCGGCAGACCUUCUCUUGGACAGUGGGUCCUCAGCUUCCAUUCUCCAAGGGCGCCGGGGCUUCGGAGGGCUGGACACUGCACUGGGGACAGGGAGACUCCUGGCCCCGGGACCAGCUGGGCCGGCGCUCACCCCACCAACUCUCUCCUGGCCUCAGCUAGAUUGGGGGUGCUCUGCCUUCUGCCUCUAGACCUGCCUUCUAG